CACGCGGAGCUGACAUACUCAUUGCGCGGGUCUGUCAAAAAAUAUGUUCACCAUAAAUUUAUCUAGCCAACGCUUCAGCUGCUGCUGUUUGGUAUAGCUUUCAGUUAAUAGCCGGAUAAAGUUUGUCAAUGGAGAAAAAACGUUAACUUGUAUGCUGCAUUCAUUUUGUUUACGGAAAUUCAAGCGUUACGUGACAGUCCAUAAAUUGGAUUAGCGCUAAGUACCGGUGAAUGAUAGUUUAGCAAACUUGCUAGCUAACGUUAGCUAAAAGGACUGGGAGUGAAGUUUGCGGUCGUUAGCUGUCCGGCUAAUUCAAUACGCGAAUGGUAAUGUACUAGACAAUUCCGAAUGUCUCCUCCAUUUUAGCGACGGUGUGUUCUAACACUACAAGGUCAACGUCUUUAGUAGCUAUCCGCUCGUGUAAAAGUCAUUAGGUUAACAACAUGGAUAGUUCCAGUCAGCGGUUUGAAUCUACUACCGGACGCGACAGUAAACUUCAAAAGAAGAAGGGUUCUUCCCAAAACAGCACAUCAUGUUACGAUGAAGGAGACCGCAAACCAAAGUUUCACUUACCCUUUAGAAACAUCACAGAUGAUGUGCUUGACAGGUUCGCCAGUAUUCGGAUUCCGGGUAGUAAAAAGGAGCGCCCCCCCCUGUCACAUUCUAAACACAAUACUAAUGAUCGGUCCAUUUCCUCAUCAUCCACCUCACAUCACUUUGAGGAGCUUUCAUCAAAGAUCACCUCGGAAAAAGAGAUCUUGGCUCUGUUUGAAAAGAUGAUGGAGGACAUGAACUUGAGUGAGGAAAAAAAGACCCCUUUAAGAGACAAGGACCUCAACACAAAGAGAGAAAUGGUCCUUCAGUAUGUUUUUACUGCCUCUAAAACUGGUAGCUUGAGAAGCAGCCAUCAGAUAUCUCCCCAGGAAUUCUUGGGAGAGCUGAAGUCAGGGGUGAUGGACGAACGUCUGUUUGCCUGUCUAGACUCAUUGCGUGUGUCCCUUACCAGCAACCCUGUCAGUUGGGUGCAGAGCUUUGGUCAUGAGGGUCUUGGACUGCUGCUGGAGAUUUUGGAAAGGUUGCUGUUCAAGAAACAGCAAGAGAAGAUUGACAAAAAGAACCAACAUAAAGUUGUCCAAUGUCUUAAAGCCUUCAUGAACAAUAAGUAUGGCUUGGAUCGAAUCCUUGGGGAGGAGAAAAGUCUUUCGUUACUGGCAAGAGCUAUUGAUCCCACCCAGUCUGCCAUGAUGACUGACGUGGUAAAGCUGCUGUCAGCCAUCUGCAUUGUGGGCGAAGAGAACACUCUGGAAAAGGUCCUUGAAGCCAUCACCACAGCAGGGGAAUGGCGAGCCAUCGAGAGGUUCAGUCCCAUUGUGCAGGGACUACGAGAUCGCUCGGUUCAAUUACAAGUGGCAUGCAUGCAGCUCAUCAAUGCACUAGUAACAUCGCCUGAUGAGCUGGACUUCAGGCUGCACAUCAGAAAUGAAUUUAUGCGCUGUGGCCUGAAAGAGAUAUUGCCGCAACUGACAACCAUCAGGAAUGAGGCCCUUGACAUUCAGCUGAAGGUAUUUGAAGAGCACAAAGAAGAGGACAUGAUAGAGUUCUCUCAUAGGCUGGAGGACAUCAAGAGUGAACUUGAUGAUGUGGGGGAUGUAUUCAGUAUUGUGCAGAGCAUGGUGAAGGACAGCACUGCAGAGCCCUAUUUCCUCUCCAUAAUGCAGCACCUGAUGCUUAUACGCAACGACUACUUGGUCAGGCCCCAGUACUUUAAGGUCAUUGAGGAGUGUGUGUCUCAAAUUGUCCUGCACCGUAGUGGCACAGACCCAGACUUCAGUUACCGCAAGCGCCUAGAUGUGGAUUUCAGCCACCUCUUAGAGGUGUGUGUAGAUAAAGCCCGAACUGAUGAGUAUGAACAAAGAGCUUCAGAACUGGCACAGAAGUUUGAUGAGGAGUUUCUAAGCAGACAGGAGGCACAAGCUCAGCUGGUUAAGUGUGAAGAAAAAAUAGCUGAACUCCAAGCAGAGCUGCAGGCCUUCAGGUCCCAGUUUGGAGCUGUACCUGUGGGUCUGUCUUCUGCCCAUGUUGGACAAGCGUCAUCUUCCUCAGGAUUCCCAUCUGGGCCUCCACCCCCUGCUCCGGCCCCUGGGGUCCCAGCUCCCCCUCCUCCUCCCCCUCCGCCUCCUUUACCUGGCUGUCCUGCUCCACUUCCUCCAACUGGAGUGCCUCCACCAUUUGGUGCUCCCCCUCCACCCCCUCCAGGGUUUGGGGGUGGUUUAGGCUCCCCCACCCACCAUGCGCUGCCUUAUGGCCUCAGGCCUAAGAAGGAAUUCAAGCCUGAGACCUCCAUGAAGCGCCUCAACUGGUCCAAGAUUCGUCCCCAGGAAAUGUCAGAGGGCUGUUUCUGGGUGCUGGCUGAUGAAAACCAAUAUAUGAAACCAGAAUUACUCAGCAGAGUUGCUCUCACUUUUUCUUCUCAAAGAACAGGUUCUAACAACUUAUGGACAAGAUCAGUUCCUGUUAUUGACUCUGACAAAAUAACCCUUAAUUAUCGGGCCUGCACAGUGCAGCAAUCGAUUUUGCCAGCAAAUUGCUUUUCAAGUUCAUCAGAGGAAGUCAGAUAAAAAAAAGUAGUCCCACUCAAAUUCAGUUGUACCAUGUAUUCAGCACUUAAAAGUUACUGAGUCUUGGAACAGAAGACAGAAUUAGUUCAGUGAUAUUUGCAUGACUGUGGUAGGAAAGCCAUGCGAGUGAAUAAGAGAGCCAAGUGACUUGGUGUAAAGAGAAAA